GGAAGUGACGUCAUAAGCACUGCUUUCGUAGUUCAACACGAAAACAGAUCCGAGCUAACACCGAACGUUGCGCAGAAACCAACACUGCGGUGAAAACAUCUGAAGCAUCGAGCUGUAGUGUUGCUCUGCCGGGACAGAACUCCCCUCAGCCCGCAGGACACCCGCAGGACACCCGCAGCGGCCCGCUGACAUGCCUGACCCUGAGAGUUACUCCAACCCUUUGGCACCUGAGGGCCACGAUGUGGACGAGCACAGAGGAGGAGCUCAGUCCAAGCUGACCAACGAUGACUUCAGGAAGCUGCUCAUGACGCCGCGGGCCACGCCCACCACGGCUCCGCCCACCAAGUCCCGACACCAUGAAAUGCCGAGGGACUACAACGAGGACGAGGACCCUGCAGCCAGGAGGAGGAAGAAGAAGAGUUAUUACGCGAAACUCCGUCAGCAGGAGAUGGAGCGAGAGAGAGAGCUGGCCGAGAAGUACCGGGACCGGGCCCGGGAGAGACGGGACGGGGUCAACAAGGACUACGAAGAGACGGAGCUGAUCAGCACCACGGCCAACUACCGGGCCGUUGGCCCCACCGCCGAGGCAGACAAGUCUGCAGCAGAGAAACGCCGGCAGCUAAUCCAGGAGUCCAAGUUCUUGGGAGGAGACAUGGAGCACACUCACUUGGUGAAGGGUCUGGACUUCGCUCUGCUGCAAAAGGUGAGGGCUGAGAUCACCAGCAAGGAGAAGGAGGAGGAGGACCUGAUGGACAAGGUCCAGAAGGAAACCAAGAAAGACCUGGAGCCCGAGGAGAAGAUCGAGUUCAAAACCCGAAUGGGUAGGAACAUCUUCAGGGUGGUCUUCAGGUCUGGGGUCCAGGAGAGGAACGAGCUCUUCCUGCCUGGCAGGAUGGCCUACGUGGUGGACCUGGACGACGAGUUCACCGACACGGACAUCCCAACCACGCUGAUCCGUAGCAAGGCUGACUGUCCCAGCAUGGAGGCCCAGACCACGCUGACCACCAACGACAUUGUGAUCUCCAAGCUGACUCAGAUUCUGUCCUACCUGAGACAGGGGACACGUCACAAGAAGAUCAAGAAGAAGGACAAAGGUAAACUGGAUGAUAAGAGGGCCCCUGAAGCUGAUCUCAGGAUCUUUGAUGACAUCGGGGACUACAUUCCGUCAAACACGUCCAGCUCCAAACCCAGCAGAGACAAAGAGCGGCACCGGGAGCGGGACAAAGACAGAGAGGAGGACAGUAAGAGCAGGAGACACACCUACUUUGAGAAGCCUCGAGGAGAUGAGCUCCAGCUGUUGGACAUGGACACCGGACCUGGAUCAGUCCGGGAGCAGAUCAAGAUGAUCAAUGAGAAGUUUGGAGGAGCGGAAGGGAGCCAAUGGCAGGGCACGGAGUCUGGACCUCCAAGGAGAGAUGCCAGUAAGGAGCAGCUGGGGGACUUCUUUGGAGGGUCCAACUCCUACGCUGAGUGUUACCCUGCUACGAUGGACGACCUGGCAGUGGACAGUGAUGAGGAGGUGGACUACAGUAAGAUGGACCAGGGGAAUAAAAAAGGUCCGUUGGGUCGUUGGGACUUUGACACCCAGGAGGAGUACUCGGAUUACAUGAACAACAAGGAGGCCCUGCCAAAGGCUGCCUUCCAGUACGGCAUCAAGAUGUCUGAAGGCAGAAAGACCCGACGCUUCAAGGAAACCAAUGAGAAGGCUGAGCUGGACCGGCAGUGGAAGAAGAUCAGCGCG